AUGUCGACGCCUACGCUGAUCAACUUGCCUCCUCCCCCGUCGGACCCUGUCACUCCGUCCGAUAUGGGACCAGGCACUCCCAAUUCGGGAACCACUUCCUUGUCCGCGCUGUCCACUACAGCCAUCAAGGAUGGCCACCAGGGCCAACCAUUCCCCCACAGCCGCCACGCGCAUCAGUCCUCCUCUGCUUCCACAUCCUCCACCACAACCCUAGACGCUGAGCGUGCAGAUCGCAUCUCCCGUCUAGCCGGUCUCGAGCGGGUUGCAACUGCACGCGCCGGGGGCCAGUCCAACGCGCCCACCUCAUAUGCGCCAGGAUACUUCGAAAGCCAACCCCUGAAGGAGCGAAGCACAGUCGGCAGUGCCAGUGCCACAGGGAGCAUCGCUGGUCGCACAACCUGGGCGAGUGGGAGCGAUGCCUUUGACGCUGACAAGAUGAGUGAAGACCACGACCGAGAUGAUACCUCGAGCGUGAGCAACAUCAGUGAUGAGGGCAACGCCAGUCUGGUUGGUUUUGGCGAGGGUGCCAACAGUACCAUCAGUGGUCCGACUUCUCGUCCGGCGGGAUUGAAUCGUUUGUCGUCUGGUGGCCUGGGGGCGCGUCCCACUUCCAUGAGCAGCACUGUUAGCCGCCCAAACCCUGUCGCCUCUUACCUCCAGCAGCAACAAUAUCAUGCCAGUGAAAGCUCACGGAUGUCUCCUUCUCCCGCGGGAUCGAGUACCCCCGAGCCUAUGAACGAGGAUGCUCGCAUGAUGAAUGGUAUGACGUUUGACUCGGACGUGGUUGAUACUACUGCCAGAACCCCGCGACUGGCAACUCCGUCUGGAGGCAGCAAUGCAGCUGGCUCCCCCGGUCGGGACUAG